AUGAAGUCACAGCGAGAGGCGGAGCAAGAGGUCAGAUCUUGGGGGUUCAAUACUGUUUUUACGUGGACGGACGGGCCUAACGCGCAUUAUCCUCCACACAAGCACAGCGGCCUAACGACACACCUAAUCCUCCGCGGCGAGCUCACGAUCACCUAUCCACAGGAUCCAUCGCCUACAAAGGAGACGUUCGGACCGGGCGCGCGAGUUGAUGUGGACUCUCACAGGUUGCACGAGGUGUGGAUGGGUAAGGAGGGGUGUAAAUACGUCAUAGGGGAGUAG